AUGUUAGAUUUCGGAAACAUUGAACUAGUCCAAAGAAAGCUACAAACAGAAAUCGCAAAGGCACAAGCAGAAGAACUCGUUUACGGCGCAGCUGAAGCGUCUUAUGUCGAAAAUUCUGCCUCGCUUUUCAGACAGGAAGAUAAAUCUGUGGCACUCCCACCUCCUCAAGAAUUCACCGCAAAACAGCAGCCAAUACCUCCGAAUGAGCUACCUUUAGUUCAACGAGAAUCUCGACCUCAGCAUGACCAAGAGGAACCAAAAGCAGAACGCGUAGAGAGAGAAGCUCUGAAUCCUAACGCGAGGAGCUGGGUCCCUUUCCACGAUGGAGAAAUUGAUCGUAAGCCACGCUUGAAAUCGCUCGACGCCCUCAAGACUGGAGAGAUGAACGAUGUCAAACUGGUUCUCCGCGACCUUACCGCGACUGACGGACUGGCCUGUACCAUACUGGAAGCGCAAUACCAGCAAAAUCAGCGAAUUCAGGAGCUCAUUCAGCAACAACAGCAUAGUACACUUGCCCUCACUUUGCCGGAGUCAGAAGUGCCAACCUUUAGUGGCAACCCUAUUGAGUAUUGGUCCUUUGGACAAGCAUUCGAGAACCUAAUCGAGAGUAGAACGACCAGUAACAGUGCUCGCCUGUAUUACUUAGUACAAUACACCUCAGGCGAAGUGCGUGAGUUGAUGAGGAGUUGUCUAGCUAUGAAACCCGAAGACGGAUAUCAAGAGGCGCGCACUUUGCUGAAGGACAGAUAUGGCCAAAGUUAUCGCAUAGCGACCGCGUACGUUGAAAGGCUCACCAAUGGACCGCCCAUCAAAGCCGAAGAUAGCGUCGCAUUACGUCGAUUCUCAGUUCUUCUAACUGGAUGGACGAACACCGUUGGUGACACUGGAUAUCUCAGCAAAGCCGAGAACCCGGAAACACUAAGAAUGAUCGUCAAGAGACUGCCCUAAGGCCUAAAGUUGAAAUUGCGUGAUAUUGCAGGAGGCAUCACCGAAAUUCAGAAGAGAGAGACUUGAACGACUUCGUUAAGGCCAAAGCGAGAGUAGCCACGCACGCUAUAUUCGAUAACGUAUCGAGUCAUCCUCCGACGCCACCAUCAGCUAUGAAAGAGAAGAAGAAGCCUUCCCCUUUGCGACCUGCGUCACCGUACGGAACGAAGCCCGCACCGAUCAAGUGAACAAAGAAGCCAGCAAAAAACGCAUCCAAAUCAUAUGUCUGCUUUGUAAUUCUAAUCAUUGGCUCUUACAAUGCGUCAAUUUCAAGGCUAAAUCCCUCGAUGAGAGCCCCAAGUUCGUACACUCCAAAGACCUCUGCAUUAAUUGUCUUGUUCAUGGCCAUGCUGUUAGUUCCUGCCCCAAGGAGAGUUUUUGUCGAGUAACCGGAUGUAAGGAAAUUCAUUCGAGCUAUCUUCAUCCCCGCGAUGCACCUGCUGCGACUGGACGCGAUUCUGCACCUGCAGUGACUAACCUCUCAAGUCAACCCAGCAACCAAGCGUUGAAUGGCUAUGUUAAGGGAAAAGGUGAUAGUCGCUGUGGCGAAAAUGACGGCAAACUUGCGUCCGCAGCCGGAUUAGCACUACUGCCUCUUAAGGUUAAAGCACCAGGUCUCGACAAGAUCGUGGAAACCUACGCAUUUUUGGAUAAUGGUUCCAAUACUUCUUUCUGUUCAGAGGGACUCAUUGCAGAGCUUGGCAUUAAUGGACGAGAAACAACAUUGUCACUGACAACCAUGGAAAGCAAAAACACCAGCAUCAAAUGCUUAGCAGUUGACCCUGACAUUUAGUUUUUAGGCCGAAGCGUUUCAACCUUGUUUUAUGUUUUUAGUUAAAGGCAAUCAGCUGUUUCCGCCUUUAAAGGGGCCGGAAUGUUAGUUACGAAACGCUUAGUUAAUAUACACUUUAUUAUAGUUUUGUUCUGGUUCAUUUUUAUCAAUAAGUCUUUCGUUAGUUAAUGAUUAUUACAGCAAGUUUGUUAUCUCUGAUCAAAUUUUUAUUUAAGCCGGUGCACGUGUAAAGAUUCUAUUUCAUCGUCGUUAUUAGUCAUCGCUGCUAAAUCAUCACUGCUAAAUCGUCGCUGCUAGAUAAUCGCUACAAGCUAUUUGCUACCGUUCGCUGCAAGCUAUUUACUAUCGUUAGGAGCUAGACCAAAGGAAUAUUCCAGUGUCUAAGAGGUAACUUUACCUUCCAAUCCAAUUUUUCUCUUGUUUACAGGAAAUAUUCCAGUGUCUAAGAGGUAACUUUACCUUCCAAUCCAAUUUUUCUCUUGUUUACAGGGAAUAUUCCAGUGUCCAAGAGGCAACUUUACCUUCCAAUCCCUUCCAUGGUACCCAUAAAUGAGAGUUAGUUUCAUUCAAGCUAUAAUGAAUAACACUUUAGAUAAACUUUUCACUUUUUAUGGAGAUGCUAAGGGUGUAAAAGAG